UUUCCACUGUAAUGACUAAUAUGCAGCCUAGUCAACAGCAGUGUUCCUGUUCCCCAUUCGUUACGUGUUUUGUCUGUUGCCGUCAAAGGGUUCAUGAUACCCUGGUUAAUGUCUCUUUAUAAUUGUAUGGCCGUGUAAAGGCGCACUGCAGCAGAGAGACGCGGAGACUUAACACCGGCGACGCGAUGGAGCUUCAAACCCUCAGAAUCGUUGCCCUUCUCGGUAUACUUUGUCAUCUCUCUCUGUCCUUUCCCACCCAGAUGCCAUCUGGACUUGACAACGUCCAGACGCCUCUCUGGGUGAACAUUUCCCACUCGGGUGCUCUUUACGCCCUGCUAGGCCGAGCCGUCAUCAUCCCCUGCUCGGCGUCCUCAUCACCUCUCGUGCUGCCGCGGGUCAAGUGGACGCUGCUGUCCGGCGGUACUGAGAAGCAAAUCUUAGUGGCGCGGGGCGGCAGGGUGAAAGUCAACGAGGCAUACCAAGGCCGUGCCGAUUUGCUCAACUACCGCUCUUCGCCCGAGGAUUUGUCAAUGUGGCUAAUGGAAACACGCUCCAGCGACUCGGGGCACUAUCGUUGCGAGGUGCAGCAGGGCCUGGAGGAUAGCAGUGACAUCAUCCAACUCAAGGUCAAAGGUGUCGUAUUCCAUUACAGGGAUGCCAUGGGUCGAUAUGCACUUACCUUCCAGCAGGCCCAGAGUGCUUGCAAGACCGUCGGGGCCCGAAUGGCAACUCCUAGUCAGCUUCAGGCAGCUUAUUUUGACGGCUAUGAGCAGUGUGACGCAGGCUGGCUCGAAGACGAGACUGUCAGGUAUCCAAUCCAAAUGCCCCGCGAAGCUUGCUAUGGCGACAUGGAUGGAGAACCAGGAGUGAGAAACUACGGGAGGAUGAAUCCACAGGAUCAUUUUGACGUGUAUUGCUAUGUUGAACAAAUGCAUGGGGAGGUGUUCCACGACCCCGUCCCACAGCAGUUGUCCUUUGAGGGGGCCAAGUCAUACUGCAGUGCAGCAGGAGCUCAGCUGGCCUCUGCAGCGCAGCUUUACCUGGCAUGGAGCGAAGGUCUGGACAACUGCAGCCCUGGCUGGUUGUCCGACGGCAGCGUCCGCUACCCCAUCAGGACCCCCAGGGAUCGUUGUGGAGGCCCCCAGGCUGGUGUGAAGACCGUGUAUCGCUUCCGCAACCAAACGGUCUUCCCAGAGCCGUCAAGCCUUUAUGAUGUAUAUUGUUUCGGAGGUAACGAAACUACACCGACUGACUCUACCAUGGACAGCACAAGCACACCGGAGCUUCGCACUCUUGAAGAAGACGUUGUCAUCUUAAUGAAUGACGACAAAGAACUGCCGCUUGGCCAAAAUUCGGAACAAAUCGAACGGGAGGUUCAGAGUGUUUUGGAAACCAUACCCCUUUUCUCGGGCUUUGCCACCAAAGCAAAUGCGGUAGAGGAGCAGCCAAAGUUUUACACACCAGAACCUCAUUUGAGCACCACGGAUGCUUUAAAUCGCCUAAGACCUUUUAACAGAACAUCCUAUUCUACACAAGAAAAUGAUGACUUUGGACAUACUACAGGACUGAUAAAUAGUACUAUCCAAAGCACGAGAAUCCAUGAUUCCCCUCGAAACGUCUCACUCCAGUCCACUUUUUAUAACAGCACAGAUUCAUACCAGAACUUUACUUACCAGCUUUCUAAAGUAGAAAGCACAACGAGGCUCCACGAGUCUGACCUCACACAUGCCCAGAACUUGACAGACACCAUCUCAAAAGAGAGCACACAGCCAUUAGAGAAGGUAAUGUCGCUCCAGGGUUUUGAUUUAAAGAGUAUUCACACUGAGAUGUACGAAAAUGAGACCCAAGGGGAGAUUCUGGAAGCUCCCCCUGUAACUCUGGACCCCAUGGAGAAAGGAGACCUUGCGGCACCAUUCGUCCAAAUGACUGAACGCAGGCAGGUGACUGCAGAUCUCUCCUCAUUGUGGGUCCCUCUGAGUGGUUCUGGGGAUACUUCUCAAGAAAGUCGCCAGGAAGUUGAGGUUUUCAAGUUCAUCUCCAAGUCAGAGUCCACCACGCGCCAGACACCUCCUGCCUCAACCGGCCGCACUACUCCAGAGUCUUUGACAACAAUCCCAGAUCUGACCACAACGUCAGAGCCAAAGUAUUCUCCCAGUUUUGGAUCGGAUAAUCGCUCGAAACCUCCGCGCUUAUGGGAGUCUGUGUCCACGCAGGAGGGAAGCGCGAGCUUGGAAAUUGAAGAUAGCAUGGAAAGCGAUGAAAGGCAGCUGCUUCCGACGAGGUCUACCCGUUUUAGGGUAAGCUUGCCCACCGCCAAAGUUCCCGAGAUGUCCUCCGAGGUGCCUACGGACUCAAAGACAGCAAUAUAUCAGCCAUCAGGUAAUGGAGGGGUCUUUGACAGCUCCACCCUGAGCUAUGAGGAGGCAAGUGGACUCGAACCCGAUGUAGUGCCUGCACUGACUCGAGGGCACAGUGUUUUUAAUUCAAACACCAAACAGAAAAUUGAAAAAGAUGCCAUUGAAGAAUCCCGAAGUUUUGGGCGGAAUUUUUCACCCAACAGAAAUGUUGGCAGGGAAACGGACAUUGUUACAGUUUUCGAUCAAACAGAUGAAGUUACCCCAAAUCUCAAAGGAGCUAAACCUAUGCUAAAUCUAAUCGAAGGAACUACCAUGCCACCCACUUUCGAAGACGAGGGUAAAGCUACGCUCAAACCAGAUGAAGAAAUUGCAGUCACGGCGAUAUUUGAAGAGGACGCGACAGCAUCACUAACCCCGAAGGAAACUAAAGUCACACCAAUAAUUAAAGAGGAGACCAGAGCUACUGUUACCCGAAAAGAAGGAUCUACAGUUACACCGUUAUUUGAAGAAGCUAAAGCUACGCUAACCCCAAAAGAUGAAAAUAAAUAUAUAGCAGUGAUUAAAGAAGAGGCCAAAGCUACUGUAACCCCAAAAGAAGGAUCUACUGUAACACAGAUGUUUGAAGAGGCUCAAGUAACGAUAAGCCCAAAAGAUGAAACUAAAGUUAUACCAAUAUUUAAAGAAGAUGCCAAAGGUACAGUAACCCAAAAAGAGGGCUCUACAUUCACACAGAUGUUUGAAUUUGAGGCUAAAACGACACUAAACCCUGAAGAAUCAACUGAUGUUAUGCCAGUAUUUGAAGAAGAGGCUAAAGAUAUGGUAAAACUUGAAAGAGUACAGCAAAGAUUAGACGAGGAAGCUACCAGUACCCCAAACACUGACAGAGAUACGAUAACAGCAGCCUCCCACAAAGAAGCAACAGAAAUAUUUGAAGACGGAUCUAAAAUCAUCUCGAUCUUUAGAGAAAGUGUUACUCCAUCCUUUCAAGAAAAAGUAAGCACACUCUUUGAGGCGGAAGCUCAAGAAAGUACGACUGCGCUUAACGACAGCACUUCCACCGGACCGGCGUUUGAGGAGGAGAUCAUCGUCUUACCGUUCAAUUCCGAGGAGGCCAACUGGGCUCUUCUAACCACCACGACCAGACCCCAAGAGUCUCUGAAGGAUUUGGAAAUCAGCACCGAAUCCUCGUCCGUCGAUUCCACGGUCAGGACAACCACUUGGCGGUCCAAGCACAACCGGAGUCCUGCGACCACCGCCGCUCCCGACGUCUUCCACCGCACAUCUGAGCCCUGGAAAUCAACGACCCUCAAACCCGACUAUGAACGCACCCAGGCUUCCACUGGCCACGUUUCACCCAAUGAGAGUGUGGCGGCGGCGAGUGGUGAAGUGAAAGUCGCAGACGCUUGCUUUAAUGAGCCAUGCCACAACGGGGGCACCUGCAUGGAGCGAGAGGGCCGGAUUCAGUGUCUUUGCUUGCCCACAUACGGGGGAGACCUGUGCGAGCAGGACCUGGAAACCUGUGAGCCAGGCUGGGACAAGUUCCACGGCUUCUGCUAUCGACACUUCGGCCAGCGUCUGAGCUGGGAGGUGGCCGAGCAGCACUGCCGUAUGCAGGGUGCUCACCUGGCCUCCAUCGUGACCCCCGAGGAGCAGGCCUACAUCCACAACAACUAUAAAGAGUACCAAUGGACCGGCUUGAACGAUAAGACCAUUGAGAAUGAUUUUAGGUGGUCCGAUGGGAACCCGUUGUUGUAUGAGAACUGGUAUCGAGGGCAGCCGGACAGCUACUUCCUGUCCGGCGAGGACUGCGUGGUGAUGGUGUGGCACGACGACGGCCGCUGGAGUGACGUGCCCUGCAACUAUCACCUGGCCUACACCUGCAAGAAAGGCACAUCAUCAUGCGGCCCACCGCCUAAGGUCCGGAACGCUUCUACGUUCGGGAAGCCUCGGCAGCGCCACGAGACAGACGCCGUGGUACGUUAUCACUGUUCUCGGGGGUUCCAGCAGAGACUCAAUCCACUUAUCCGCUGUCAGUCUGGGGGAAGCUGGGAGAGGCCCCAAAUCCAGUGCAUCCCGGAGUCUGGAGGUCUGAACACUGACGCCGAAAUGACGUCGUCGACAGACGGUAACUUGGCCGCUCUUCAAGACGGUAUUGAAACCACAGAAAUGCCACUUUACUGGGAUAUCAAGUUUUAAAAGCACCCCCCCCCCUCCCCACACACACACACACAGUUUUUCCCCAUACUUGCUACAUCCUGCUGUCGUCCUUGACAAGGUGAAAAUGUGCUUUUACCGAUUAACGUUACAAACGUUUCAAACAUUUUGGUUCCUUUUGUUGUACACAUUGCAGAAUGGUGCUAAUACAUUCAAUAUUACAUCCCCAACGUGCUCAUGUUUUCUGUCCAUAUUAGGAGUGUAAAGUAACAUACUUGCUUUUUUCAAAACAAUCCCGCACACGUUU